AUGCCCGCGAUAUCAGAGGCCGUGCUGGGCCACGGGCUGGCACAGUUUGGAACCCACCAGGUGGCCGACAUGGUCGCCUCGCUCGUGCGACGGAUAAACAUUCCCUUCAACAGCACCAGCCCGCCGGGGCUGAUCGAAGCCAACACGGUGGACCCCUGGAAGAAGAGCGGCAAAUACGCGCUCGCAUACGUCUACUUCUGCAUCCCGCUGCUGGUCAUCACGGCGCUGAUGCGCUACUACCACCUGUUCACGGACAAGAUCCGGACCGCACUCCACCAAGAAGAGGUACUGCAGUCCUCCGCGACGUCCUCCCCCGACACAGACUACGAAAUGUCGGUGCUCUAUACUGACAAGUCUACUAUGAAGUUCUUCCCUCGCGAAGGCCCGUUGCCGAGUGGGCCCAAGACCCAGUCGAGCGUGUCGUCUGUAGGGCCGAUCAACAACCUGGUGGCCCUGUUCCGUUUCGUCUUCUACCGCCCCGUGCCGCAGUUUACCAUCCGCAAGGGCUGGAGGCCGUUGGUGUUUCCCUCGCUGAGCGUUAUUGUUGUCGUGUUUCUCGCGUUUGCGGUGGGGAUAUUGUAUAGUUGUGUCCCCCAGCCGCUGUUCUGGAGCAGCAUUGCGUACGGGUCGCCGCCGCUUGCGAUUCGCUCGGGCAUGAUGGCGGUGGCCCUGAUGCCGUGGAUCGUGGCGCUGGCGAUGAAGGCGAACCUGAUCACCAUGUUGACGGGCAUCAGCCACGAGCGGUUGAAUGUGCUGCACAGGUGGGCCGCGUACUUGUGUCUUGUGUUGAGCAUCCUGCACACGGUGCCGUUUUACGUCACUCCGAUCUGGGAGAAGGGGGCCCGGAAGGUGUUCGAGAGCUUCUUUGCGCAGGAGGGCUUCUACGCCUACGGAACUGGUAUCGCUGCUCUCGCACCGCUCUGCUUUCUGUGCACACACUCCAUCGCUCCUCUCCGACACCGCAUGUACGAGCUGUUUGUCACGCUCCACGUGCCUGUGUCUAUGGUCUUCCUGGGCAUGAUGUUCUGGCACUGCAACAACUACCUCACCUCCUGGAACUACCUCUUCUCGACGCUCGCCAUCUGGCUGCUGUCGUACGCCAUGCGGCUGUUCUACCUGAACUGGACCAACCCGUUCCGCAUGUCGUGGCUGAUCGGCGACGAGGCUGCCGUGACGCUCAUGCCAGAGAACGCGGUCAAGAUCACGAUCCCCACGCAGACCAAGUGGAGGCCCGGGCAAUAUGUGUACCUCCGCAUGCCGGGGAUUUCCGUGUUCGAGAACCACCCCUUCACCAUCGCGUCGCUGUGCGACGACGACUUCCCGUCCGAGUACGGCGAGGGGUACAGGGACAUGGUUCUUGUGUUUAGGCCAUUCGGCGGCUUCACGAAGAAGGUUGUCGAGAGCGCGCUGACCCACGGUCCGUGGCACACAUACCGCGCAUUCGUGGACGGCCCGUACGGCGGCAUGCAGCGCCGCAUCGAGGCGUUCGACGACGUUGUUCUCAUUGCUGGAGGCAGUGGCAUCACGGCCAUCAUCUCGCAGCUGCUCCUGCUAGUCAAGAAGAUGCGCGACGGCAAAGCCGCCACGCGCAAAAUCCACGUCAUCUGGGCCAUGAAGCGCCCGGAAACCAUGGAGUGGUUCAAAGAAGAACUGCGCAUCUGCCGCGAAUUCGCGCCCCCGGAGACAGUCGAGUGCCAGUUCUACAUCACCGCGGCCAAGCGCGUCGUCGGCGGCGGCCUGGUCAGCGCCAAAACGCCCACGCGCCCGGUCUCCAUGUUCUUCCACGAUAAAGUCAACGACGCGUUCCAGAACAUCGCCGACCACCGCCUGUCCGGGAUAAGCGCCAUCUCGUCCAAGCGCCACUCCGCGCUCAUCCGCGACGAGGCCCAGGGCGACCCCGAGAAGGAAUUCGCCCUGCGCGCCGAGAACGAAGACCACGUCUCCGCGCUCCCGCAGGCGCACCUGCGCCACCUCGCGCCGCCACGCGCCUCGUACCACAGCGCCCACAGCGCCGCAGACCCAGACGACAUCGCCCCCGCCCCGCGCCGCCCGCAGCGCAACCUCUCCCUCGACAUCACCACGGCCCUACGCGCCCACCCCUCCGCCCUCGCCCCCGACCUGUCCACCGACCCCUCCGCCCCCGUCUCCGGCUUCGACUUCGGCUUCCCCUCGACGCCCACCGAAUUCCAAAAGAACCUAAUGCGCUUCGCCUUCCUCCCCGCGGCGAAAAAAAAGGACGGCUGGAGCACCGAGUACGGACGCCCCGACAUCGCUUUCCUACUGAAGGGGUUGGGCAAGGGGUUCGGGAACCGCGCGUGUGUGUUCGUGUGCGGGCCGCCGGGGAUGCGGGAGGGUGUUGCGCGGGCCGUGGUCGGGUUGCAGAGGGGCGUUUGGAGGGGUGGGGGGGUCGGGGAGGUGUUUUUGCAUGCGGAGAAUUAUGCGGUGUAG